ACGCCCCGAUCUCUCCUUGUUCUGUCAUGAAGCUCGGAAACUCGUCGGCAGCUGCAUCCUCGUUGGUCUUUCUUUUACGUCUUGCGACGUCCGGAGUCCACAGCUUCGUGCUUCAUCCUCAUGCGAUCGCGUCAGCAGCACCGGCAAAAUGCGGCGCAAUCUCGUUCGUACGAAAACAACAUGCUCCGGCAGCAAGAGCAGCAGCAGCAGGAGUAGGGCCAGACCCUUCUUGCAGAAGCAGGGCCACCAGGAUGACGACUGGCGCCCUGCCGAGUGACGGCGGCGGGAUGUCGCGUGGCCAGUGGGCCGGUAGAAUGCUAGGAGCUGCCAUCACGGGCGCGGUGGCGGUAUCACAGGGACCGGAGUUUGCCUCGGCCGAGGUAGGCGUAGGAGAAGGGGGGCUGCCGGACGGGGCGCGACAAUUCUCCAACCUCGUCAAGGUGCAGAAGGACUGGGCGGCCCUGGGCAAGUCAAUCGAGCGCCAGGGCGCGGACGUGACCGCCGACGAGUGGAAGAACGUCGCCCUGUUCCUCCGCAAGGUGUAUCAGCUCGGCGGGGAACUCGAGUACCUCGCGGGCACUUUCCCGCCGGACAAGAAGAAGUCCGCCCUCGCCCUCGUGCGGAGCAUCCAGAAAGAGGUGCAGGCGGCGGACGUACCUGCGAGAGAGAAGGACGCGGCUGCCUUCAUGAAGGCGCAAGCUUCCGUGCAGAAGAAGUUCGAGGAUUUCAUGGAGCUUUUCAACGACGUGCCGUCAGAGCUUUGAGAUCUGCUGACGUCAUCGCCGCUGCUACGGCAGAAGCUGCUGCUGCUGCUGGUGGGGGUUAGAAUAGUGUCGAGGUUGUCUCUUUAGACGAUGAUCAGUACUGCUAAAGUUGCCGCUGGCGGUAACCAAGAGGUAGAGGUUUGUGUCCAUUUAGAAGCAGUUUCGUCAACGUGUAGAUAAAAUCGUCGGGAGCAUCAGCUUUGAAGGGAAUCGUACGGUAACGGGAGAGUAGAUAGAUAUGUUUCAGCAGCGCAUAGUUGAGCACGUUUUAUGAUGCCACAUCCAUUCUGGUUGUUGGAGAUCUAGAGGCCCGUGGAGACUC